AUCGUAUAAGAGGAGGGCCAGGCAGACUGCUCAGCACAAAGCACCUGUUGCCUCUCUCUGUCCAACUAUACCUGUCAAUCCGGACCGUACAGAUUCUACUGCACCCUCUGUGUGUGUAAAAAACCUCUGCUCUUGGAUAUUAGCCUGUCAUUAUACAAGGAGACGGAUCAUGGCUCUUUCUCUGUUCAGAACGCUGACUUUCACUCUCAUACUCUGUGUGGUCCUACAGGAGGGUAUUGGGCUGCCUGUAUCGGGUCAGUCUGAGACUCCAGCCAAGCCUGCCCCACACCGUGUCAGAACCAAGCGCUGCUCCUGCAGCAACUGGAUGGACACGGAAUGUAUCUACUUCUGCCACCUGGAUAUAAUCUGGGUUAAUACUCCCAGUAAGAUCGCCCCCUAUGGCUUGGGAAGCCCCCUGUCUCGGCGCCGUCGCUCCGCCGCUCGCUGUGAGUGCGCCCGCCCUGACGACAAGACCUGCUCAGGGUUCUGCCACGACAGCUCUGAGAAUUCCAGCAUUGUGAAGGUCAGCCCUUUAGAAGAGAUGGGUGUCCGCUCAGACGUUAGCCACAAAACCUUUUUGACCUCCCUCAGAAAUGUGGUCAAAGCCAAUAUGGCUGCUGCACGUCUGCCAGCCUCCUCAAGGAAGAAAUCCUCCAGAGCCAACAGACCCCAGAUCAAGUAGAGGAAGAGCUGGACGGAGGCGAGCAUGGAACAAAAUGACCUGUUGGGAGACCUUUCAUGGGGUCUGGACUGGUCUGGUCUGGCCUGGCCUGGCCUGGCCUGGCCUGGACUGGUCUGGCCUAGCCUGGUCCUGCCUACCUGCCAGCCUGCUUCCUGGUCUGGUCUGGUACGGACUGGACAUCUGGACCUAAGUGGAGAAGGGCGUAAGGAUCUAAUCCUUGCAAGUGCCUUUGGAUAUUGAGCUCUUGACUGGGAGGGUGAUGACUAUUCUAAUUAAACGUGUGCAUGGCUUGUUAAGAGCCCCAAACAGUGGACCCCAACCAGUUCUCUGAGACUCUGCUGGACUGUUUAGGAAGGACUUUUAGUCCCACAUACAGAAGAGUGUUCUGUGUGUGGAGCUCAUCGCCUAGCCUACUCUGAAUCAUCAUGUACAGAAUGAUACAUUUAUCAAUAUUUUAUCCUUUUUUUCUUAUUUUUAUUUCCUUUUUUCUCUGUAUCAGAGCUUAAGUUUAUCUGUCUUCAGCAAAAAAUAUACUUGAAACUAUAAGAUCCGAUGUCACAACGUUUAAGCUGGUCCAUGCAUCACUUAAAUAUAAUGAAGGACAGAACCUAGAAGAUCUUAUUUGUAAUACUCAUUACACCUAGGCUUUAUCCAUUGCUAUAUGUGGACCACACACAUACACACACACACACACACACACACACCCACACACA